ACUUAUUGACCACGAACCAUCCCACUGCCUUCCGCCUUCCUCACCACCAGUCCACCAUGGAUAUAACCAAUGUCGGCGGCGGUUCUAACAUGAACAAGAAAACGACUAAACGUAGAAGAAAGAUCGAUUCGAAGAAGAUAGAAGAUAUCAAGAGCCGCCAAGUCACCUUCACUAAACGCAGCACCGGACUUUUCAAGAAAGCGGCUGAAAUCUGCGUCUUGACCGGAGCCCAAAUCUCCAUCCUGGUUACUUCCCCCUGUGGUCGGCACUUUACGUUUCGCCACCUCAACUCCGACGUCAUGCUUGACAAUUAUCUGAAUAAUAACAACACCACCACCGGAGAGGAUACGGGAACCACCACGAACUCUCCACCACCGCUGCCCAUGAAGGAGUUCAAUCAACGUUACAUGGAGGUUUCAAGGGAGUUGGACGCUGAGAAGAAGCGGAGGGAGACGAUUCCGGUGAUCGGUGGCGGAUUACGAUGGUACGAUGAGGCUGUUGAUGGGCUGGAUGUGGAGGAGUUGCAACGGUAUCUUUGUUCAUUGGAAGAGUUGAAGAAGAAGGUUUUGACGAGAGCUGUUGAACUGAUGAUGAUCAACAAGUCUUCUGAUGCAUUAUUUGGUUCGAACAACGGCAAUGAUCAACCGCCGGUGGAUAUUCCUGCAAGCGCAGUAGUCGACGACGGUGGUUUUAACUUCGAGUACGAUGGGGGUUUUGGAAUUUUUAGUUAAUUACGUAGAUGAAGUUCUUAAUGUCGUAAAUAUUCAGCGUAGAUUUGAAUUAGAUUUCUGCAUUCUUACAUUAGAUACUUUACUAAAGUAAAUUUUGGUUUAAUAGAAACUUUUAUUAAGUAUCA